CUCUUUUCUGCAGCAUCAGUACCACCUCCCCCGUGCCUCCUCCCCCUCUCUCUCUCGCUCGGUUUUCCUGCCGGGCUGCUGCUUUGCGCGCUGCGGGGCCACACUGCGACCACACCGAGGAGGAAGAAGAGAAAGCCGCGGACCGACGGGGGGGCCAGCCGAGCCAGAGCGGCGGACAUUUAAAAAAAAAAACCGAAUAAGAAGAAGGACGCGGGAGGAAGAAGGAGGCGCGGACAGCGAGCCCGAGGAGCAGAAGCAGAAGGCGGAGACGCGUUCCUCCCUCCAUCUCUGCCUCCGUGAAGAAGAGCCGAGAGGAGCAGCAGCAGGAGGACCGCGAGGACCUCGCAGCGGAGAAAACGACGACCGACGCGGAGCCGGAAGCCUCCCCCCCCUCCCCCCUGGACCAGGGACGAUUCUCUGUUUGUAGCAGCGGCGCGGCGACACGAUGAAGGACCGCACGGCGGAACUGCGAAGCGCAAAGGACAGCGACGACGAUGAGGAGGUGGUGCAGGUGGACAGGGACCACUUUAUGGACGAGUUCUUCGAACAGGUGGAGGAGAUCAGAGGCUGUAUAGAAAAGCUGUCGGAGGACGUGGAGCAGGUCAAGAAGCAGCACAGCGCCAUCCUGGCCGCACCCAAUCCUGACGAAAAGACCAAGCAGGAGUUGGAGGACCUCACAGCUGACAUUAAGAAGACAGCCAAUAAAGUUCGCUCAAAAUUAAAAGCAAUCGAGCAGAGCAUCGAGCAGGAGGAGGGGCUCAACAGAUCAUCAGCGGACCUCAGGAUCCGUAAGACGCAGCACUCGACAUUGUCACGCAAGUUCGUGGAGGUGAUGACUGAGUACAACACCACGCAGUCCAAGUACCGCGACCGCUGCAAGGACCGCAUCCAGAGACAGCUGGAGAUCACUGGAAGAACCACUACCAAUGAGGAGCUCGAGGACAUGUUGGAGAGUGGCAAGCUGGCCAUCUUCACUGAUGAUAUCAAAAUGGACUCUCAGAUGACGAAGCAGGCCCUGAACGAGAUCGAGACCCGGCACACUGAGAUCAUCAAGCUGGAAAACAGCAUCCGCGAGCUGCACGACAUGUUCGUCGACAUGGCCAUGCUGGUCGAGAGCCAGGGCGAGAUGAUUGACAGAAUCGAGUACAACGUGGAGCACUCCGUCGACUACGUGGAGCGAGCCGUCUCCGACACCAAGAAGGCCGUCAAAUACCAGAGCCAGGCUCGCAAGAAGAAGAUCAUGAUCAUCAUCUGCUGUGUCAUCCUCGGCGUGGUCCUGGCGUCGUCCAUCGGUGGCACGCUGGGCAUGUAACACGCUCCGCCACCUGCUGCCGUGACGACCGAACACCGACUGACCGACCGUCCGACCGACAGCCAGCAGAGAAAAGAAACACCAACGACGACACAAAAACUUGAAACACAAAUGCAAGACAGAUAACCAAUCAGCUAGGAAGAGAUAACGACCCAAUCACAGAUAAGAGGAAACACCACGGGUUCGGGUGGGGUUCAAAAAACAAGAAAAAACCAUGAGAAAACACCAUGACAUCAUAGCUGACUGACUACACUACAUAUACAAAAGAGGGUACAGAUAAACCUAUUUAUUACAGAUGUACAUGUAAAUGUAUUGAACAUGAAGCAACACGUGGGUUAGCUACCUGUAAAAACUGAUGACCUAUAAUAUGACAUUUACUUGUUUGUUUGCUUGUUUUGCCUCUUUUCUUAUUUUUUAAAAGUUUCUUUCGUUUUUUCCGGAGUCUCCGAGGACAGUGACGGCGACGGCUGCCGGGUGGGAGUUCUGCCCGUCGAGGCUCCGGAGCUUAGCGCCUUCGGGAACGAGCUCAGAUAACAAAAUAAAAGGCAAAAAAAAAAGAGAGAGAACAUGUUUCUAUCACAUUCUGGAACUCUGGAGCGUUCCCGAGCUGCGCCCUGGAAUACUUUCUGUUCCAGAGCGCAGACGGGAACAAGCAGCCGAAGGUUCCGGAAUGUCAGCCUGCAGAACGAGCACCCUCCGGCUUUGGCAGAACACGCUCCGCCCCCUUGUUGCUGGGAGGGGUUUCACCGCUGCCUCUUUAGACCACCUCUCAUUGGUUGCUCACUCCUGGCGUUCACCUCAGUCAGCCAAUGAAAUUAGCUUAACCUGCCGAAGCCCGGCCUGCCACGCGUUAUUUAGAACGCAUCAAGGACGUUGACCGUGACACGCUUCCCUCUGAGUUCAGGGGAGGGAGGAGUGUCCGCGGCAAGAACCUCCCCUUUUCGUCACACCUAUCCAACCAAAGAGCCGGGGGAGGGCCUCUGGUUGUCAGGCUGAAUUUGAUUGGCCGGCGGCAGAAAAGAACGUGACGUUUGACUGACAGGUGAACGAUGGGGAAGAAGGGGACAGGAGGGUUCGGACGAGCAAGAGUCAAUCUAUGCAGUUUAGAAAACCAUGCCUCCCCGUCACUGGGACAGCCAAUGAGGAUUGGGCAUUUCGGUGAUCUGAUCAGAUCCGCGGUCGUCAUCUCGAAGCUGUCACAGCUGUUCUUCCGGAAGAUCCUAAAAAAUGAAGAGAACGCAUUAAAAAGUAAAGAAGAAAAACAAAUGUAACUACAACACUAAGAAGCGCUGGUUGCCCUGGUUACCUGAGUGUCGCGGUGAUAUCGUUGCUUUCCCGUUUCUUGAUGGGGAACGUUUGUUGCUUCGUUGUUUCCGUGGUGCUGCUGUUUUGGUGCGUGUGACGCGUCCCGUGACGUAUCGGCCUGACACGAUUUAGCUGUUAAUGUUUAGUCUGUACGUUUUAAAGCAUUCGCCCAGAUCCUACCUGCAGCCCCGAGUGUGCGUGCGUGUGUGUGUGUGCGAUUUUUCAUCCACGCUGUGUGAGCGCAUGAGUUGCACAGGUGCUACUGACCAGCAGAAGGUGUUCCUAUUGGUGGAUUUUCUCUGUGGAAGGUGGAACAUGUGACACACAUACAUUCAUAUAAAUUCCCAACAUAUGCUGCUUUCGAUUGCAACCGGGAACUUGGAAUUUCCAGUUUCAUUAACCUGGGAAGUUUCUGAUUAAUAUGACGUUGUUUAUGAGUUCAAAUCAGUUCUGAACGCCUUCGUCUGCUUUUAUGUUCUCUGUGGAAAAGCAGUAAAGCAAACCUGCGGGAACGUUGACGGCUCGGAUGUCAUUCCCAGUGCUGAUUUCCAAAUUCCGCGGUAUAUUAAAUGCAGCAGUAGCUCAUGCAUGAACUCCAUGUUUAACUUUUCAUGCAGACACACUGGACACUCGCCCCCUAACUCGCGAAUUCCCCGUGUUACAUAUCGAACCAGUGACUGCGUCGCUUAUAGCAUGCUGUAGCGUUAGCUUGUGUUUCGUGUAGAUGAUGUAGAAGCUGCUCGUUACAGAUCGGUAAUCAGUUUUCUUCCUUUUUUAAACAUUAAAGACGUUUCUGUCCAGACUGGCACCGGGACAAAGGCGGCUGAAGAUGUGGAGUAGAAUUUGUUGCAUUAGCGGUUAGCUGAACGUCUGCAGGACUGUCACUCCUUACAGCAAACAGCCUAUCUCAGGACCGCGUGCCGUGUUGAAGAUCGCGCCACCGCCUGCGCUAACAUGUAGGACCGCGGUGUUGAAGAGGAAGGGUCGUCUACGCUCAGGCUCUGUGAUACGGAGGUUCAUCUGCUUCUGUUGAGGCCUCGCUGGACGACCAAAUACCACCUUAAAACCUCACGGUCCCCUCCUGCUCAGCGCUCAUGAUUAGUUUUGUUUGACGGCGUCUUCUCUGGUUUCACCUGUUCUGCUCUGGAUCUUUUAGCUGGACCCUGAUCGGGCUUCAGACGUCCUGACUUAUAGUUUUUGUUUCAUGUUUCCUGAGAAAUUUAUUAUUUGAAGCUUUUCAGAGACAGGGCUUUAAAAAACAGAACACGCCGCCUUUCAUAACAAGUCAAAGCUGUUUUUUGCUUCCUUGCUCUGUAGAGACCCGCCGACAGGAAGCUGACGUUAGCUUUCGUUUGACAGUCGUGUGUCCUCCUCGGCCAGCGUUGGAAAGCGGAUGUUGUUUUGUGGAAAACGUGUUUUCUUACCCAUCACAGUAGUUAGCACUAGCUUUAGAUGUCUCUGGUGCCGUGUAGACGAUUGUUAGGUUUUGUUUCAUUCUUGGCUUCCCAAAACCAAAACGUAACGCGUGUUCACCAAAGCUUCGCAGACACCGUCCCCACCCCCGCCCCGACUCCUCCAAAGAGCCCAGCAGAUGUGUGGUCAUGUGCCGUGUCUGUAGAUUUAGGUCGAUCUCGCACUUUUCUCUCUGCCCCUGUUGGUUCCAUUCUGGUUUUAGGUGUUUUCACAUGUAGAGCUGUCAGUUCAAUAUGAACCAGUGUGCUUGUUUUACCUGCAUCUACGUGUCUCACGACUCCCUCGGACAUUUAGAGAACCUAAACCCACGUCCCCAUUGGCUGCUUCGUUCAUCGUUCUUUGUUCGUUCAAGCGGUUGACGGUGGUCCAGGCGGCGUCGCAGUCGUCGCGGCAGUCUCGGGUUGGUGAUUGUGGUGGAUGCGAGGAUGCCGUCAUAGCACCAGCCAGCUUGUUGACACUGAUUUUGCCAUGUGUGAGUGUUUGUUUUCUGUAAAGUUCCCGCUCCUGUGUGGCGGUCACUUGUCGGGUCCCGCCGCCAUCCUCUCGAAAACAUUGACAAAACCUUACGAAACCCACGCAGGCGUCAACAGUUGGAGAUUCGGCUAAGUGAAGGUUCAAAUGUUCGUCGGCACGUCUGCCCGCCCCAUCCUCUCGUCUCUUCCUGUCGUGCUGUAGAUGUUUGGUUGUACAAAAAGAUGGCGCAGAGGGUCGGAGUCUGCCCCCUCCCUUCGCCCUGCAGACCCCGCCCAUCCCACUGUGUGUACUACUUAUAAUAAUGGUAAUAAAAAAGGCAUGCAAAAGCGUUGUGGAGUUUGCAUGAUGGUGUUUUUUGUACCCCACCUCCCCGCCUCACCCUUCACGUCGUGCACUUUACCGCCAAUCAGACCCCGUUUGGUUUCUAUGGAAACACUUCACAGUUACUUUCGUUUGUGACGCGUCAUUUUUACGAUGUUUUCUUCAGAGACCGGUGUGAUGUUUAAAUAAAUGUGAAAGGUUAAAUUCCCAUCCCACGAACUCCAGCCCUCCCGCCGGGUUCGGACGCCUCCGUCACCACCCGAUGUCUGCGUGUUCGCUUCCACUGUUGCAUUUGUGUGUGUGCGUGUGCGUGUUGAAGCAGCACGAGUGUGUUUCAGUGUGCGAAGCGUCCAAUCGCAGGUGGGCGGGUUGCAGCAGGUUUCAAAAUUCCACUUUUUUUUUUUAGAUUGCGACAGAAGCGAGGAGAGAAGCUUGCAGACGCCAUGAUCACUGUUACCGCCGUGGCGUUGAUUCGAUUCAGACCAAAGCGUUUCCGCCCUCCCCUCCAAAUGUUCGCCGCUAAUCUCAAAGAGCACAACGCGAGUCGAGUUUACAAAUAGAGAAUAAAUAUACAAAUAGAAAAGAUUAAACGCCAGCCCCGCCCCCGCCCACUGCCAUCAA